UUUAGUGAAGUUUUCGGCAAAAAUUUGUUGUUUUUCAUUUGUAUUUGCAAAUUAAAAACAUUGUCCACCAUCAAAUUAAAAUAAAGUUACUACAUCGUAGACACAGUUGAAAAUUUAAAAAACACCUUUAAUGAUUGACUGCGUAGAUUAUGACAAAUUUCUAAUUUCUUUUUCUAAACUAGUUUCUAUCGAAUCGAAUUGUCAUGUUGAAGAUUGAAAUCGCAAGAAAGCGGUGGAAAAAUUUUUUAGUGAUUGUUGAUAAAUGACUACACAAUAAAAAACUACUGUUCUAGUUUUUGAAUAAAUGUUUUGUCUCUACAAAGAAAAUAGAAAGUUCAACAUAUUGUUCAUUCCUUGUUUAUUUCACUCCUCGUACAUUCUUGCAGGUUCGUCUGGCUUUAAUUUUAUUUCUUUACUUGAUAUGAAUGCUUAAAAACUAUUGUCAGUGCUGUUGAAGUGUUAAGUGUUUUAAUAAACGUUUGAAUAUUGCCUUAAAACAUAAAAUUCACUGUCAACGCCAAAAUAAAAAAAUGUCACAACAAAAUUUAACAUUAAAUGGAAUUGCAGUGCCGUCGACAGUAAAUGUGGCAAAGAGUGCUGAUUCGGCUGAUGUGGAAGCGAUGAGAGAAUGGUGGCGAACAAGAAGUUUAAAUGCUCCAUCACCAUUUCAGCAAUUUGGACCAUGUGGAAGGAUUAUGAAAAAUUCCGCUAUGGUAAUGCAAAUCCAAGACCCCGCCAGUCAAAGACUAACAUGGUACAAACCUCCACUAACCGUGCUCGUCAUAAAAAAAGUUCGUGAUUCCACAGUAAUGCAACCAUUUGUUCAGCUUGUUGAAUGGCUUGUUCAGGAAAAACACAUGGUCGUAUGGGUCGAAUCAGCAGUCUUAGAAGAUCCUCUUUUACGUGAAGACAGGAGAUUUCAAGGCAUAAAGGAGAAACUUGUCACAUUUAAAGAUGGACGCGAUGACCUUACUGAUCGAAUAGAUUUUAUUGUAUGCCUUGGUGGAGACGGCACACUUUUGUAUGCUUCGCUGCUUUUUCAACAAUCAGUGCCACCUGUCAUGGCUUUUCAUUUGGGCUCGCUGGGCUUUCUUACCCCAUUCCAAUUUGAUAAUUUCCAAGAACAAGUGACAAACGUGCUGGAAGGUCAUGCAGCCUUAACUCUUCGUAGUCGGCUUCGAUGUGUGAUCUUUAGAAAAUCUGAGCGGCACCAUAAAGAUAGUGCAAAUGAUUGCAAUAGUAUAUCGGCUGGUGCUGCUGCAACUAACGAAACUACUGAGAACAUCAUACAUUACCCAAAUGCAGCUUCUAACAAAGCAUCGACAAAUAUUUUGGUUCUUAAUGAAGUUGUUAUUGAUCGAGGACCAUCACCUUACUUAAGCAAUAUCGAUCUCUUUCUUGAUGGAAAGUACAUAACGUCGGUACAAGGUGAUGGUUUAAUUGUGUCAACACCAACUGGUAGCACUGCAUAUGCUGUCGCAGCUGGUGCUUCUAUGAUUCAUCCGUCCGUACCUGCGAUCAUGGUAACACCCAUCUGCCCUCAUUCAUUAAGUUUUAGGCCCAUCGUUGUGCCAGCUGGUGUGGAGUUAAAAAUCUCGGUUUCUCCUGAUAGUAGGAACACAUCUUGGGUUUCAUUUGAUGGAAGAAACCGUCAAGAAUUGUUUCACGGUGAUAGUCUGCGUGUAACAACAUCCAUUUACCCUGUGCCCAGUAUUUGUGCUCAAGAUCAAAUUUCUGAUUGGUUUGAUUCAUUGGCUGAAUGUCUUCACUGGAACGUUCGCAAGAAGCAAAAGUGUUUAGAAGAACUAUCGGACUUGACAACAUCCGGAUCAGAAGACACACUUGAUGAGUUGGAACGUGGUAACGAUCCACUAAUUGAUAGUUAGACCAUUGCUUUGUUAUAUUGCUUAUAAAUAUACAUAAUACACUGGUGGAUAUUCUGUAAUAUACCUAUUUACAUAUUUAUGUAUAAAAAUAUUGAUAGUAUUUUAUCAAUAAAAGUAAAAAUAAAUUGCCAAACGCACUGAGGGCUGAGGAGUGCUAACAUUGAUUGUUAAAUAAAAAAUAUAUAAAAUAAUGUUUAUAAAGCUGUAUAUUGUGUUUUGAACAUGUACUUCUUCUGCCCAAAAUGUUCAUAACAAAACGUAUAACAUUCGAUUUAGAAUUUUAGUAUAAUUUCUUGUUUCUAUUUGGUUUCUUAACCUUUGCAAUGUUUUUCCUAUACUAUAAUCAAAACAAAAAAAAAAUAAGUUUUUUUUUU